AUGGGUUUGCUUCCAUUUUCAAUGGUACUAUUUCUCUAUUUGGCCAUUGCUCCUUGUAGAGUUUAUGGGGAGGAAAAUGUUACAAUAGUGAAUGAAAAAAAUUCACUAGUUUCAUUCAUGUCAGGCAUUGUUUCUGACCCUAAAAACGUUCUAGAGACUUGGAAUUCACCAGGUGUUCAUGUUUGCAAUUGGUUUGGUGUCAAAUGCAACAAUGCAACUAACAGGAUCAUAGAGCUUGAUCUUAAUGGUAGCUCACUAAGGGGUACCAUUUCCCCUGCUCUUGCAAACCUCUCUUCCUUGCAAAUUCUUGAUCUUUCUGAGAAUUUUUUUGUGGGUCAUAUUCCAAAAGAACUGGGCUAUUUAAUUCAGCUUCAACAACUCAGUUUAUCUUUUAAUUUUCUUGAAGGGAAUAUUCCCUCUGAGUUGGGUUCACUUCACAACUUGUACUACCUUAACUUGGGAACUAAUCAUCUCAAGGGUGAGAUUCCUUCAUCACUUUUUUGCAAUGGGUCUUCCACAUUGAGUUAUAUAGACCUCUCUAACAAUUCCUUGGGGGGACAAAUACCCUUGAGCAAUGAGUGUAUCCUCAAAAAGCUUAUGUUCCUCUUACUUUGGUCUAACAAGCUUGUAGGUCAAGUUCCUUUAGCUCUAUCAAACUCCACAGAACUUAAAUGGCUCGAUGUGGAGUCAAAUAUGUUGAGUGGGGAGCUACCAUCUGAGAUUGUGCAUAAUUGGCCACAAUUACAAUUCCUCUACCUAUCAUAUAAUAACUUUGUCAGCCAUGAUAGUAACACCAACCUUGAAACUUUCUUUUCUUCCUUGAUGAAUUUGUCCAACAUUCAAGCACUCGAGUUGGCAGGAAACAAUCUUGGAGGGAAGCUACCUCGUAACAUUGGUGAUCUUCCGACCAGCUUGUUACAGCUUCACCUAGAAGACAAUCUCAUAUAUGGUUCUAUACCUCCAAACAUUGCCAACCUUGUCAAUCUAACUCUCUUAAACAUUUCUGGUAACUUACUAAAUGGAUCAAUACCUCCCAGUCUCUGCCAGAUGGGAAGGCUAGAGAGAAUUUAUUUGUCAAAUAAUUCACUAUUUGGUGAGAUUCCCUCAACCCUUGGUGGCAUUCAGCAUCUGGGGCUUCUAGACUUGUCAAGAAACAAGCUUUCUGGUUCACUACCAGACAGUUUUGCUGACCUCCCCCAGUUAAGAAGUCUUUUACUUUAUGACAACCAGCUAUCUGGAACAAUCCCACCAAGUCUGGGAAAAUGUGUCAAUUUGGAGAUUUUGGACCUAUCCCACAACAAGAUUUCAGGUCUGAUUCCUACAGAAGUUGCAGCCUUGACUAGCUUGAAACUAUACUUGAAUUUAUCAAGCAAUAACUUACAAGGGCCUUUGCCAUUUGAGCUCUCCAAAAUGGACAUGGUGCUAGCUAUUGAUCUAUCCAUGAACAAUCUCUCUGGCAGAAUCCCACCACAGCUUGAAAGUUGCUUAGCACUAGAGUACCUUAACCUUUCUGGUAACAACUUAGAAGGCCCUCUUCCUGAUUUAUUAGGCCAAUUGCCUUAUAUUAGAGCUCUUGAUGUGUCUUCAAAUCAGUUAACUGGCCAAAUACCACAGUCCCUUCAGUUGUCCACCACUCUCAAGAAACUUAAUUUCUCUUUCAACAAAUUCUCAGGGAGGGUCUCAAACAAGGGAGAUUUUUCAUCAUUGACCAUAAACUCUUUCCUAGGAAAUGAUGGUCUAUGUGGCUCGGUAAAAGGCAUGCAAAGCUGCCACAAGAAACACAGAUAUCAUUUGGUUCUCUUAUUCAUUCCAUUGUUACUAUUUGGAACCCCCUUGUUGUGCAUGUUUGGGUACCCCAGAAUUAUUAAGUCAAAGGUCAGAAAGCAAUUGGCAAUAGUUAGCAGAGGGGACUUGGAGGAUGAAGAUGAGGAAACAAAGGAACUUAAGUACCCAAGAAUUUCAUAUAAACAACUUAUUGAAGCCACUGGAGGCUUCAGUGCUUCAAGCCUAAUUGGUUCAGGAAGGUUUGGACAGGUCUAUAAUGGAGUUCUCCGAGAUAAUACAAGAAUUGCAGUGAAGGUAUUAGAUACAUCAACAGCAUGCGAGAUUUCAGGUAGCUUCAAAAGGGAAUGUCAAAUCCUGAAAAGAACCAGGCACAGAAAUUUAAUAAGGAUCAUCACAAUAUGCAGUAAAAAAGAGUUUAAGGCUCUUGUUCUUCCACUGAUGCCAAAUGGUAGCCUAGAGAGGCACUUAUAUCCAAGCCAUGGGUUAAGCCAGAGGUUGGAUAUUGUUCAGAUAGUGAGGAUAUGCAGUGAUGUAGCUGAGGGAAUGGCUUAUCUGCACCACUAUUCUCCAGUUAGAGUAGUGCACUGUGAUCUUAAGCCAAGCAAUAUACUACUUGAUGACGAUUUUACAGCUUUGGUAACUGAUUUUGGUAUUGCAAGGCUUGUAAAAGGUGAUGAGAACAUGAACCCCAGUGGCUCAACAUCUUUCAGUUCAACACAUGGUUUAUUAUGUGGCUCCCUUGGCUACAUAGCCCCUGAAUAUGGAAUGGGAAAACAUGCAUCAACUCAGGGUGAUGUUUACAGUUUUGGAGUACUUCUGCUAGAAAUAGUGACAGGUAAACGCCCCACAGAUGUCCUUAUCCAUGAAGGCUCUAGCUUGCAUGAGUGGAUUAAGAGACAAUAUCCACACAAGAUUGAUAACAUUGUUGAACAAGCAUUGCAAAGGUGCUAUCCAUCUUGCAUGACAAGUCACUGUAACAAAAUUGGACAAGAUGUUAUAUUGGAACUCAUAGAGUUGGGGCUUCUAUGCACACACCCUAAUCCUUCAACAAGACCAAGCAUGCUGGAUGUAGCCCAAGAAAUGGGGAAGUUGAAGGACUACCUCUCUAAUCAAUCCUCUCUGCUGAUUGAAGAAGUCAAUGCUAAGGUUAAUUCUCAUGCAGUGAAGAUAAAUUUAGUUGGAAAGUGA